AACCAUUACUAUUAAAUUUGCCUGCACGCUUUCCUAUUAUACAUGAUCAAGCAGAAAUGAAUUGUUUUGCAAAAUCAAAAAUUCCGCAAUAUAUUAAUUAUUAUCUGGAUGAAAAUGAAGGUUCUUAUCAAUGGACAGAUAGUACCUCAUUAUAUCCAAAUUGGGCUGGAAUUGCUUAUGGUGACUGUUUAGCGGUGUCAAUAAAUGACUAUUUCGGUGGAACAAUUCAAUCAUUUUUAUGCGAUUGGGGUGAUAGCAUAAGCGAAUGCCGGGUCUUUAUCUGUGACUACGGUGCCAUCUAA